GCACCUGAGCGCUGCGGGCGAAGCGCAUUGCGGGAUCCUGUUAAGGGGCUGGGAUAAUGUGCCCCCUACUGCUGCGGCGUUGGGGGAGCUGCUGCCCCCGGCUGCUGCUGCCGCCCCUCAGGCUCUGGCCCGCUGCGGGAGGCGGUGUGCGGGGCCGGAGGGGCCUGCUCGCAAGUUCCCCUUCCGCGGCCUCUCACUGGAGUAAAGUGGUGUCCGAGGCUGAGAAGAUCGUGGGGUAUCCAACCUCGUUCAUGAGCCUCCGCUGUCUGCUGAGCGACGAGCUGAGCAACAUCGCCAUGCAGGUCCGCAAGUUGAUUGGGACCAAACACCCGCUGCUUAACACCGCCAGAGGGCUUGUGUAUGAUAGCCGGAACAACCUACAAAUGCGAGGUUUGGUCGUAUUGCUUAUUUCCAAAGCAGCUGGUCCCAGCAAUACAGCAGAGAUUUCUUUCCAACAUGACAUGAUCAGCGGGAUUUAUUCCAGUCAAAGAAGUCUGGCAGAGAUUACAGAGCUGAUCCACACUGCCUUUCUGGUGCAUCGUGGGAUAGUAAACAUUGGUGAGCUGAAGUCUUGCGAUGGCCUACUGAAGGACAUGCAGUUUGGAAAUAAAAUAGCUGUCCUGAGUGGAGAUUUUCUUCUAGCAAAUGCUUGCACAAGCCUAGCUCAGUUACAGAACACUAAGGUUGUGGAGCUCAUAUCAAGUGCAAUUGGUGACUUAGUACAAGGAAUAUACUAUGACAAUUCUAACUUAUCCGAGGAAAACUGUCUUACACAUGAUAUUGGAAUAUCAACUUGGAAGAAACAGAUUUUCUUAUCCCAUAGUGCCUUGUUGGCAAAAAGCUGCCAGGCUGCAAUGGAAUUAGCAAAGCAUGAUGCUGAGAUCCAGGAUAUGGCAUUUCAGUAUGGAAAGCACAUGUCUAUGAGCCAUAAGCUACACUCGGACCUCCAGCCAUUUAUUAAAGGAAAAUCUAGUGACUCUGUGGCCUUUAGUUUAAAUUCUGCCCCUGUAGUCCUGCAUCAGGAACUCCUUGGAAGGGAGGCCUGGAUAAAGCAAAUUAGAGAGGCACAACAUAAAGGGAAUUUAAUGGACUUUACCAGGUUGCAAGAAGCAAUCAAGGCUGGCAAAGGUGUGACUUCAGCUAUUGACCUAUGUCAUUACCAUGGAAACAGAGCACUGGAGGCCCUGGAGAGCUUCCCUCCCUCUGAGGCCAGAUCUGCUUUGGAAAACAUGGUUUAUGCUGUGACCAGAUUUUCAUGACAUACAAUUAAAAAAAAGACAAGUUCUUGUUCUUUUGCAGAAAACAACUAGAUGGAUAGUGGCUGGGAAAAGGCAAAAAAAAAAUCCUGUAUUUUUCAAGAACUAAAUUUGCUAGUUGCUUCCUCCUCCCUCUUCCCCCAUUUACCGCAUUGCUACAUGAACAUGCAUUCUUUGGAAAUGUUAUAAACAAAAUUAGGGGAAAAAGGUCAAACAGUUUUCACUUGCCAUGCCAGAAGCAUACUUGAGGCUGCACCAGUAGAAAUAAUUAAUGAGACUCACUUCUGUGACCUCAGCAAAUGGACAGGAAAUAAGUCCUUAUUGAUUGGACAUAGCCAGGGAUGGCGCCAAUGUGGUGGCCUGUGGUUUUCCUGCACUAGAGAGGACAGAGGGGGGCCUGAAGCUGCAGGUGUCAGGAAAAACACUUUCUAAAACUGCCAGAGAGGGGCUGUUUAAGUCAAGAAUUAAUGUACCAAUUUAUCAACAUGAAGGGCAGUUCAGUAAAUUAACACGGAAAAAUCCUUUAUUUGUCUAUAUGCAGUUAUGUCGCCUCACACUGUUUUUAUGUAUUCCAAAGUAAAAUUACUCUGUGCCUAAUGCUUUCAGUAUUUGAGAAACUUGCUGAGAAUAUGUGUCAAGCGUGGUAAGUAGGAGCUUUAAAUUAUUUAAUCAAAUAUUAAUUUGGCUCUGUUAAGAGAAUUGAUUGCCUGUGUUUUUAUACUGUAUGUAUAAAAUACUUUGCCUUGGCUCAGAGAAUGAGGUUUUCAACACUUUAAGGGGGAAAAAAGUCUUCCCUCCAAAUCAAGCAAUUUGUUUCAGAACAAUUGUACCCUAAAUCAUUUCUCAGAUUUAUGUGACACUUGUUUUCACUUAAGUCAAAUAAAUGUGAAUUUGUAAUGUU